CUGAAACAAUUGAAGGUUUGGUUUUGUUCAAAUUGAAGGAGAACGAGGCUCAGAUGGAGAUCAGGGCUGGGCAGCAUGUCAGCAUGUGCAGCCAGGCGGACGGACAGGAGCUCACCCUGAUCCUCAGCUCAGACGCCAGGCAUCAGCAGCUCGCCGUGCAGGACGCAAACAGGUCCACGGUUUUCCAGCUGACGCUUUGUGAGAAGGUGGACCGCUGCCGCGUCGGACGCCGGUCCUUCCUGGUUUGUGUCGGCAAGCUCAACUUGCUGCUGCAGUUUGCAUCUUCAACCGAUCUAAAAAGUUUCCAGGAGAAGUUGAAUAGACGUGACAGUGGAGAAAGCAGAGAAGGAACUACAGCAGAACCAAAGCGAGGAAGACAGAACUCCGAUAGGAACCAGAACCCUCCAGAGAUACCCCCAGUUCUGGAAGAACCCAAAGCUGGAGAUUUGAAAAGUGUUGAGGUCCACAACUACCUGUGUCAGCAGCAGAACCUUCUCCAGGACUACCUGAGGACCGCCACCUACCAGAAAGCCUUCCUAGCCAAUGAGGACGACUUUAAGGACAAGGUGGUUCUGGACGUGUGUUCUGGUUCCGGCAUCCUCUCCUUCUUCGCCGUCCAGGCUGGAGCCUCCAGAGUGUUCGCGCUGGAGUCCAGCCCAGUGGCCGAGUACAUUCAAGUCCUGGUCCGAGCCAACAAGCUCUCGGAGCAGAUUGUGGUCCUGGAGGGCCAGGUGGAGGAUCUCAGCCUCCCCGUCAUGGUGGACGUCAUCGUGUUUGAGCCAGUAGGCUAUCUGCUCCUCAGCGAGAGGCUCAUGCAGAGGUUCCUGCAUGCCAGGCGGUGGCUCAAACCCAACGGCCGGAUGUUCCCAUCCUGCGCUGAUCUUCACCUGGCUCCCUUCAGCGAUGAGCAGCUCUACCUGGAACAGCACGCUCGAGUCAACUUCUGGCAGCAGAGGAGUUUCUACGGAGUGGACCUGAGUGCCCUUCACAACGCUGCAGCCGACGAGUUCUUCAGGUACCCCGUAGUGGACUCUUUUGAUGGACACAUCCUGGUGGGCCGGUCUGUCAAGCACCGCAUCAACUUCAUGGAGCUGAAGGACGAGGACUUGCACAGGAUAGAGAUCCCCUUUGUGUUCACACUGCUUCAGUCCGGUCUGGUCCACGGUCUGGCCUUUUGGUUCGAUCUGGCAUUUCUAGGAUCUAGAUCCACAGUGUGGCUCUCCACCGCUCCUAGUGAACCCCUGACCCGCUGGUCCCAAGUCAGGUGUUUGCUUCAAACCCCACUCUUCGCCAAACUGGGACAAACCCUUUCUGGGACAGCUCUGCUGGCCUCCAACAGCAGCAAGGAGAGCUACGACAUCCAAAUCACUGCAACCGUGGACCAGUCAGGCUUUAGAUCUGGAAAUAAACUGGAUCUGAAGAACCCUUUUUUCAAGUCGCCUCUACUUCCUCUCUGAUUUGAUGACUUUUUUUGACCAAAGAAUCAACUUUGCAAAGAAGUUUGCUUUUGGCAAACCAUUGAAUGGCAGCAGAGAGGUG